AGAACAUCUCAAAGAAAAGACACUCAAAUUCUCUACAUCAGCUUUCUCACAGGGUUAGAACCGAUUCAAAGAUGCCUCUCGAGUUCGAACUUUGUCCAGGAAGAAAGAUCGGGGGCUCAAACCCCUGUUUCAUCAUCGCAGAGAUCGGACAGAAUCAUCAAGGAGACGUUGAGAUUGCCAAGAAAAUGAUUCGCAUGGCUAAGAGCUGUGGUGCAGACUGUGUGAAAUUCCAGAAGACGGAACUCGAGCACAGGUUCACCAAGCGCGCGCUCGCGCGUCCCUACACCUCUCAGCACUCGUGGGGAAGCACAUACGGGGAUCACAAGCGCCACCUGGAGUUCAGUCAUGAGCAGUACAGGGAGCUGCAGCGCUUCGCGCAGGAAGUGGGAAUCUUCUUCACGGCCUCCGGGAUGGAUGAGGUGAGUGAGGGCAGAGCGCGAGCUGGACUGGACUGCCAUAGACAAUCUAACAAGAAGAAGAUGCUGCUGCUGCUGCUGCUGAUGAUGAUUAAGAAAAGUUGUCUCUCCGUACAGGAAUACCAGAAGGAAUUCCCGGAUAUUCCAAUUGGCUACUCUGGACACGAGUCAGGCAUCAGUGUGUCCGUGGCUGCUGUAGCUCUCGGGGCGAAGGUCCUGGAACGGCAUGUGUCCUUGGACAAAAGCUGGAAGGGCAGUGACCAUGCAGCAUCACUGGAGCCGGCUGAGCUGGAGGCACUGGUACGAGAGAUUCGGAUAGUGGAGAUGGCUAUGGGAUCUCCAGUGAAGCAGAUGCUGCCCUGUGAAGCCUCCUUCCGCAAAAAGCUGGGAAAGUCGGUGGUGGCAAAGAAGGCAAUGAAGAAAGGCACAGAAUUAACCCAAGACAUGCUGGGAGUGAAAGUGGCAGAACCGGAGGGCAUUGCACCGGAAAACAUCUGGAUGGUGGUGGGCAAGAAGAUCACAGUCGAUGUGGAGGAAGACGACACCAUCACAAACGACAUGAUUCAAGACUGAUGGUUUCAUUUGAAUGUGUGGGGUGUUUUCCUAUUCUCUGUAUGAACUGGGGUGUUUUAUUUCAUAUAUUUGUACGAUGGAAAACUGUGGAAUUUAAAAUCAAUUUUAUUGUUAAA